AUGACGGAUCAGUUCCUGUUCCAAGAUCCGGCUGUGCUCGGCCAAGAUCUGUUGGGACCUGGUACUUCGUCAGCUGCAAAUGAAGAGCUGAACAAGAUCUACCGGAGAAGGAUCAACAACAUCACCUUCCGGCUCUUGGAGGAAAAUAUCGUGAAGGCCAAGGACUACAUCACAACCACGGCCAGGGUCCACAAGGACAAGGUCGCCAACACUCUGGAUGAGAUCUGGAACAGUACUGGGAAGAAAGCAGUCUCGGCAAUCAAAAAGGCUAUCUUCAGUGUGUGGAUGUUCCUGUUGGCUAUCGUCGCUCCACUACUGCUUGUGAUCGUCAUGGCAGUAAUCCUCUGGGCGUAUUGUAAAUACCGUCUGUCUCGGAAAGCCGCGAACGAACUCUUCGCCAUCGCCACCAAAAAGCUAAGAGGAGUCUAUCAUGUAGACUACGAGAUGCAAGACCGGCGACACGUCCACAGAGACAUUGAGGAAGAUUAUCCGAUUCCUAGAGUCAACGCUAUCAAGAAAGCCAUCUUCAACGUAUGGAUGUUUCUGCUAUAUAUAUAUAUAUAUAUUUUGUUGUAA